CCUGCUGCCCAGUUCUCAUGUUCCAGCAGCAGAGUAAAGCUAGUCAACAAAACUGCCAGCAUGGCAGCAAUACACUUCUACCGGCAAGGCCUUUUAUUACUUUUAUUUAACUUUAUUUCAACCGCAGCCUUUGAGAAAAGGUUCUCAGACUUUAAAAGAUGCGCCGACGAGGAGUGCAGCAUGCUUCUAUGUCGGGGAAAAGCUGUGACAGAUUUCUCUGGACCUGACUGUCGGUUCCUGUCAUUCAAGAAAUCUGAAACUAUCUACGUAUACUACAAACUGUCAGGAAGAAGGGCUGACAUUUGGGCUGGAAGUGUUGGAAGUCACUUUGGCUAUUUCCCAAAGGACCUUCUUGCUGUCAACCACCUUUAUACUGACAAAGAACUUGAAGUUCCAGCAGAGGAAACAGAUUUUGUCUGUUUUGACACUGGAUAUGACAAGUUUGACAAUUACAACGUAGAUUUGCUCUUAGGCAUGUCAGUGGAGAAAAAUGAUAGUGAGAAUACUGAAACGCCUGGCCAAAUCCAAGGGGCAGAGGGCACACAGAAAACAACACAGCCAUCAGAGGAGGAAGCAUCUCCAAGUGAAAAACCAACUGAGGAUCAUGAUAGCUCAGAGGAUCUUAAUGAAGUUGAUGAUGAGUCCCAUACAGCAGCUAUACCUGAUGCUACUGAACGAGCUACAGAAGAAGAAGUUGAGCAAAAACACGGGCUAGUGUCUGUAUCAGAAAUGAAUGACACCAAAGAUACACCUACAAAGUCUGAAGUGGAAUCUAUGCCAAAUUAUGAUUUUGUUUCUGAAAAUGAAUCCGUUUCUGAAGGAGUGCAAAUUCCUGAGGUGAAAACAACCCUUGGAACAACUUUUGAUGCUGUCAUCACUGAAGAAGAAAUCACAAAGAAAGUUACCUCAUAUGAGGAUGAUGACAAUGAAGAUUUGGAAAAUCCUCCCAAAGAUGUUGUUGAUGUUGAAGAGGAAACUCCUCUGCUGUCUUUCUCUGAAGAAACCGUAAACAGUCUGGAAACUGAUUCUCUUAAAAAAAUGGAAAGUCCGCCAACAACACAAGAUGAUAUGUCAAAGACGUCAGAGGAGAAGACCAUAUGGUCGUCACUUGGAGAUACCGUAUUUUCAGUUGUCACUGGGGGAGAGAUGCCAGCACUAGCUUUGAGUGUAGAGGAAGAGGACAAUGAUGAGGAUGAGGAGUAUCAUGAAGAAGACUCUCCUGCAGAAGUUCCUUGGAGUUUUGAGGAAGCAAAGAGAGAGCCACUACCAAAAGAAUUCCAAAAAGAGUUUAAGAACAUCCAGCCAGAAGAUCAGCAAGAAGAUCCUUCUCAUCCUGGCUCUGUACAGACAGAUGUUGAAAAAACUUCCAGUCUCUCUGACAAACUGUUGUUUGACCAUGAUGAUGAGAAUGAUGGAGAAGUGAUGGGACAUGAGAAGGCUGGGGAUGAAACAUUAGAACUAACUGAUGAUCUGAUACACCAUAAAGAAAAUGAAAUGAGUGUACCAUCAGUAGAUCCAAUACCACAGGACAUUUUAGGCAGCCACGAGUCUGAAAAUUCUGAUAGUGAAACAACACAGAAACCCACUGAGGACAUAGGAGAGGGGAUGUCGAAGCAUUCAGAGGUCAAAGAGGACAAUGCAAAUACAGAGUUCGGUAGGGUUGAGCAGGAUUUAGACAAUGCAUUAGAUGAAAGCAAAACAAUGACAGAUCAAGAGCUGGCCAUUACUGUAAAUACAAAAGAUCAGGACCUGCUCACCCAAGAGAGGCAGUCAGAUUCUUCAGAGGUCAAAAAUAGUGAAAGUAUAGCAGAUGAUAGCCUGCCAGAUGAUAUACACAAACAUUCAAUGACUUAUUCAGAAAGUAAUAACAGUCAAGUAGAAUUACCUAUUGAGGAACCAGAGGCCUUUGAGGAACCACAUACAGGGAAAAGAGAAGAUGAAAAGGAUGCCGAGAUGGAAGAGAGAGAAGAAUUACUUGAAGAUGAAAAUGCACUUUCUUUCUCACUGUCAGAUACUUCACCUGAAACAAGUCUACCCCCUGUGCCAACUCCAGAGCCAGAAUACAGUGAUAACAUAAUGAGACUGAGUCUGCUGAGAGACCACUUCAUAGAGGAGAACAUGGAGCGGUUCCAAAAGCUUCUGGGUUUGAAAAAUCUCUUUAAAUUGGAGGCCAUGUUUUCUGAUCUGGACACAGAGUUUCAGGCGAUUCAUCUGACACACACAGGGACUACACAGGGCAUUGAAAAUGUGCUUGAGGCUAUCUUUGAGGCCUCAGAGAAUGCUAUCUUGGAUGAGAUUGAGAAGAUGCUGGACAGCCGGGACACAAAGCGCAACUAUAAUGACCAUAUGGACUCAAGUGUUUUGGAUGAGGAAACUGAAAUACUGGAUGACUUUCAGGAGCUUGCUUUCAGUUUACGACAAAAGUAUUCAACAGCCAGUGACAGUACGGCAUUAGCAACAGAAAAAUCUUCAGAUUUUGAGCAAGAUAAACAUGAAUUAAAUGUUGAAGAGAACACCCGUCCCAUUGUUGAAGAAAAAUUUGACAGCAUUCCUGAAACCAAGAGUGAUGACAACCUCACAGCAACCGAGCAUGAAGAAAGGCCAGCUGAGAUUGAGGAGCGGAUAGUUUUGGACGAGGUACCCACUGGAUUAGACGUCAGCGUGGAGGAGGAUGGCGGGCACUUUAAUAAAAAUAAGGACAAUCAACCAGGCUUCAGUGCAUCACAUGAGUUGCCAAAGGUCUCUCAAGCCAACCUGGAACAUCCCCUUGACAUGGGCCUUGGUAUUGAGGUUGAGCAGUCAUCCUCAGGAUCUAUGGACUCAACGGAGCCAGUGUCUGAGAUUCACGAAGAAGAAGUGGGAUUAUUCUCAACUGGAAUUGUUUACACAGGCAGCAUCCUUUCACUGAUCAAGAAUAAAACUGCCGAGUGGACCGUUUUGAUGAUUUCAUUAUUGCCAGAAGAGUGGAAACCAGGGGAAACUUUGUAUGGCUGUCCUUGGCAAGCUGUUGUCAUCACUGCUUUAGCUGGAGUUGUUACCUUCAUCCUCUUCUUCUGGAGGACUGUGUUGGCAGUAAAGAAGAGUGAAUACCUUGUGGACGAAAAAGGGCUUACAGAGCAAAUACAUGCACUUAAAAAAGAGAAGAAUGAUACUCUCACCAAAAUGUCUGAACUACAAAAACAGGCUGAUCAACUGAAAGAAAAUCAAAAACAGUCAAAAGAAACAGUUAGUUGUACAAUGAAAAGGAUGCAAGAUCUUGAGAGUAAGGUUUUAGAGGCAGAGACACUGAAUGAACACAUGGCUGAGGAAAAGAACAAAUAUGCAAAACUACUUGAAGAAGCGCAGGCAAACGCUCUCAAAAAUGAAACUAGGAUUGAAAAAUUAGAGAAGACCAAUGAAAAGCUGCAGCUGAGCAGGAAAAAGAUUCAGGAAGCCCUCACUAAGACUACUGUUCUCCUGGAUGAAGCAAAGAUUUGUGAAACCGCCAGAAAUGUUCAACACAAAUGUCUUGAGAAAGAGUUUGCUGCAUUAAAGGAUGAAAACAAAACACUUAAGGCUACUAUUAAAGGCUGGGAGGACAAACACAAGGAGCUAAAUGAGAAGAUUAAAGUCUAUCAAAAGUCCCAGAAAGAGCUGGAGGACUCUGUGGUGCUCAAAGAUCACAAUGUGGAGGUGUUGUCUGAACUUCUGGCAGACCUAGAUGCUUGUGAUUUGCAAAAGGGUGACACCAAAGUUUUAGCCAAUGGUGAAGUCGUAUCUGAUAAGAAGACAGCCAUAAAGAGUAGAAUUAAACAGAUGAUGGAUGUUUCUAGGGUCCAGACCACUCUCACUGUAGUUGAAGAUGAGCGCGAUCGCUUCAUGGCAAAACUGCUGAAUGAAGAAAAGUCUAGGAAGGCUUUGGAAGAACAACACCAAGAGCUGGAGCAUGCAAUUGCAACCUUAAAGAGUGAAAAAAGCCAUGUGGAAAACCAGUUCAAGAUCCUCCAGCAGAAAAAUGAAAUCAUGGUUGAAAUGUACCAGCAGAAGGAAAACGCUCUGCAGCAGAAACUAACAAAAGAGGAGAUGGAGCGACGCAGCAAAGAGAAUCUACUAUCUGAGGUGGGAGGAAAAGCUGUGGAAGCCGAGGAGCAGGUUAAAGUCUUGAGACAGCGCAUUAAUGAAAUGGAGGAGCAGAUGAAAAAGACGGAGGAAGUCUAUAAAGAACAGAUAAAAGAACAGGAAAACAAAACUCAUUCAAACUGGGUGAAUGCUCGUAAUGCAGAGCGAGCUCUGAAUCAAGAGAAGCUUGAAUCAUCAAAGCUCCGGGAAAAACUGGCUAUACUUACCUCCCAGCUUAAUGAGCGGCGUGCUCCUCUGUUCAGGCCCAACUCUGGUCAGCCUGCAGGCCCUUGCCAAGGUGAUUCAUAUGGGCCCUCACCUGUAAGUGGGGGUGCACCGUCCCCACCAUUAAUGAUAGAGGGUCCCAGGCGCCCUCCUUCUGCCCCAGUUGGGCGAAGAAUUGACCCGUAUGACAUGAUGGGGCCUCGUAGCUCAUCUCCAGCCAACUUGGAUGGACCUGUACCUGGAUCCUUCAUAGCAUCACCAAUCAGGGACUCAUCUGGCCCUAAUGUCCAAGGACCUCCACCUGGCCCUGGACCUCACAAUCCACUGCUCCCUCCUGGAGCCCAUGGCCGUCUUCCACUACCUGGACCUUACAGGCCACAACGACCAGGACUUUACCACCUCCCACCUGGCCCUCCUCUUCCAAAUGUACCUCCUCCUUUGCAUGGGCCUCCAUUAACAGCCAAUGGACACCCAGGUGUACCAUUGGCUGGGCCAGUAGGAGGAGAGUUUGGAGCUCGACCAGCCAAUGAACAUACAUUCCACCCCAGACCAGGCCCUGUGCAUGAUCCUUGUGGUCCACUACCACCACACUUCCGUCCCCCUCCACCUCAUCACUUUGGACCGAUGCCUCCACCACACGGUGUCCGUGGCCCUGUCGGACUAUGUCCACCCAUCCCUCCUGACAUGCGCUUCUCAGGGUCGCGUGACCACACCAGUCCACCAGUGAACUUGCCUGCAGGUGUCCAACCACAUCCUGUACAUCCAGGUGAUGCGUAUGGUCAGGCUGCACCAAAUGCCCUCCAGAACUCAGCAGGAACUCACAAUGUCCCUGGACAGGAUGUGCAUGUGAAGCAGGAGGCCCUUCAUGACUCGGCAAGGCCAGCAGUGGUCAAGCCUUAAAAAUGCCACCAGCUGCAUCAGAGGACUUGAACACCCCCAUAUUCAAAUCUAUUACAAUAACAAAUUAGAUCCAGUGAAGCAUUGAUCAUAAUUGUUUUCAUAUUUCUGUUAUUAAAAAAGUGCUUUGUUCAUUAAAAACAAAACGCUUAGAGUGAAGAAUCAUCAAUAAUUAUGUGUCUGAAAUCAGUGAGUUGAGAGGGUUGCCACUUUUAUAAACAGCUUACUGUGCAAUAACAAUUAUACUUAAGAGGACGUUCGUUUGUGUUGAUCUUUUAAAACAAAUAAAUAGAAUGAUUUUUAAAGGGCAAUUUUUGAAAUGUCAUUUCCUGUGGAAAUUAUUUUAAAAAAGGAAUAGGAAGUCGGUUUUAGUUUCUAGCAUUUCAGGAAUACCAUAAUUUCCCAAAGCUGUUGCUUUAGUAUGACCUGUAAAGCAAAUGUGUAAUUUGAUGGCCAAAUGUAUAACUUAUUUUACUAUGUUGGUAGACGUUUUAAUAAUAAAGAAUGUAAAAGCU